AUGGCGACUCCGAUUGCAGAGGAAAUUCAAAGGUUGAAGGCAAAUGGACCGACUUGUUUGUUGAAAAGUUUGAAGAGUCAGAAAACUGCGGCGUUGAGGAAAAGAGAGAAGGCGAAAGAAAACUUCCCGAAGAAAUUUUCUGAAGAAGAACUUCGAAAACGCUUAUCUGUUGUUGAAUAUGCCGUUACUCAGCUAGGUGGAACGGAUACGAGCGGAUCAGGAAGAUAUUUGAACGAAACAAGAGACGGAACUUAUCAUUGUGUUGUUUGUUCAAAGAAAUUAUUUGAAUCAAGUGCAAAAUUUAAGCAUUGCGGCUGGCCAAGUUUUGACAGAGCUCUCGAAGAAAGCAUAAAAGAAACCAUCGAGCGAGCGCAACACGGCGUAAAGCUCACGGAAACCAGCUGCUCAGAUUGCGGCGCCCAUUUGGGGCACAAGUUCAACGAUGGCCCAACGGAAACAAAGCUAAGAUACUGUAUUAAUGGCUCUGCUCUUGAAUUCCGCCCUAAAACUGAAUAA